AUGUCACCUUUGGCAUUACCUGUGACGUCAGUGACCAUCACCCCCUCCACCACUGUGACUGUAGAUGUAGGUAUCAGCACCACACUGACCUGUACCACACAGCCACACAGUCGUCCUACGGCCAAUGUCACGUGGUACCGAAUGGUCAGUGGUCAGUCACAGCAGAUCACCGCUAACAUCAGUGUGUCACAUGACACUCUGGAUUCCGCCAAGACAACGACCAGUGUUCUGUCCUACGUUCCGUCCAAGGAGGACAAUGGACGGACAGUGUACUGUGUAUCAGACGGAGGAUGGACUGGUAGUACUACUUCCACUCUGCAGUCGCAAGCGGCUACCCUAAAUGUCAGGUAUCCACCAACCAAUCCACUAACAGUGACUGGCAACAGCAACCCCCUAUAUAGUGGUGAAGACAUUGAACUCAACUGUAGUAUAAGGGGAGGUAACCCAGUAGCCAUUCUGACAUGGACAUGUCCUGGUCGUAGCUUUAUCUCUUCACCAACCAAAACAGCAGACGCGGCAGUCUCUGUACUGGGGAUACGUCUGACACCUUUAUAUAACGGGGCCAACUGUACAUGUAUAGCAACUCAUCUUGUACAGGGCUUCAGGACAUCUCACACCGAGGUCUUCAACGUCUACU